CGAUACCGCUAGCCUUAGCUAAGGUGCCUUGGGCCUCUCCGAGCCAGACGCGCAUAACUGAACCUUCUGGGACCUCAGCAGUCCUCACACAGCUGCCCUGCAGCCGGCCGUUGAGCAAAACCGAGUCAUCAUGGCGCAGCAGCCCUCAGCAGCCUCCUGGGUCAAGCUCCCAGCAGCGGUGGUCCUCGUCGCGUGCGAGUUUCUCGACGCGGCAUCACUGGGCCGGCUCGAGAUCUGUGGCAAGUCAUCACUCGGCGAUAAAACGCGAGCGUGGAGCGAAAAGGCGGCCGGCGUCGCCCGCGGCACCCUCGCUCAGCUGUCAAACAAGCGGUUGCUCGCAGCCCAGGCCCGCGUCCAAGAGCUCAUCCCGUCAUCGGCGGGAGGGGUUGUUGGUUUUGCGCAUAACGUACGCCGCUGGAGCGAAGAAGUCCCGUUUGAUGAGUUUGCGUUCACUGUGGUUUUAUCGUCGGAGUCUGACGGGUUUCAGACAACGGUCUUCCCAUUCAUGCGCCUCGUCGCCGAUAGGAACGAGAUGGGCGCGUAUAACAAUGUCGCCUCGUUCGUGCUAUUUCCCUCGGGACAAGGCGCCGACAACAUGUCUCCGCUCAUGCGACGCGCCUCGCUUGCCUGCGCAGAAGGCACACAAUUAGACACCUUCAAGGAUGCGCAUAUGCCACGUGCCUACAUGAUCUGCACCAGGAAGGCGGACGGCGCCGCGGUCAAGGUGGCGUUUUGGGAUACAGACGAUGUUGACGAGGAUGAUUGGGCCGCAAUGGCUUACGACCAAAAUAGUAGUGAAUGUACCGUUAGGUUCGACUAUGGCGAGUUAAUGAUCGGGCACGGGUCGUCGCAGGACUACCAGUACCAUAUGACGCUCAACAUUAUGUUUGAUCGACCCACCGGCCAGGUGCUUGCUUUUUGCUCGGGCAUCUACCACAGCACACCAGACCUUUCUGGAUCCAACAUGUCGAAUGAGAUGUUCUUGGCGCUUCUCCACGCGCGCCUUGACGAGUCAAUGCGCGCCCGGCCCCUACCAGUAUCGGAAGUGGGCAGGCGUAUCUUAAACCACGAGCACCCCACAUCGCAAACCGCGGCAGACGUCGCCAAUAGUUAUGGAGUAAUGUAACACAUAAAUUAAGACAAAGCUAGGC